CCAUUUGGUCGUAUACGGAACAAACUGCUGCUGUCUCAGAACUCAAUACAGUGGUCUCAUGCAGGUCUCAGUGUUACACAAAAUCACUGACUAUGAACAAGAUGAAGAAGAAGCUGCCUGAGCGGAUCCUGAAUCACAUCCUGGAGAUUCUUUACCUGCUGACGGGAGAGCGUGUGACUAACUCACUGACAGCGAGUCACAUGACCGGGGACAAGAUGACAACAGAGAGGAUGCUGACCCACACCCUGCAGAUCAUGUACCUGCUGACAGGAGAGGUGCCUAUAAAGUGUGAUGAUGUUGCUGUGUAUUUUUCUAUGGAGGAGUGGGAGUAUAUAGAGGGACACAAGGAGCUUUACAAGGACGUCAUGAUGGAAACUCACCAAGCACUAAGGACUAUGGAGAUCCCAGGAAGUGAGAGCUCAGAACUAACAGGUCACAGUGAUGAAAAUCUAGACACAGGAUCACAAGGAGAACUUGUACAGGAUAUUCAGCCAUCAGAUGUCUCUGCAAUUGAAAAUGAUGCUAAGAUUUCAUGUAACACGGAACAAACAGAAGAUCAGUGGCUAAGAAGUAUAACAGAAGCUGCAGAGCAGGAAAUAUGUGACAAUAAAAGGACAGGUGAAAAUAAUGCUAAGAUUUCAUGUAACACGGAACAAACAGAAGAUCAGUGGCAAAGAAAUAUGCCAGAAGCUGCAGAGCAGGAAAUAUGUGACAAUAUAAGUACAGGUGAAUUCACAAACUGCAAUAAUCCUAGUCAUGAUCAGAGUGCAGAUGCUUCUUUACAUCUUCUUCAAAAUCAAAGAAGCCAUGUUGGAAAUGUAUGUUCUGAAUGUGGGACAUGUUUUCUUAAGAAAUCACAUCUGUUUUUACCAGGCUAUUACUAA